ACGUCAAACUUUUUGGCUAAAAAAUAAUCACUUUGUGUUAUUUCGCAACAAUAUUUACCACAUUUACGUCUCGAAGCCCGAAUUAAUCAAAAAAGGGUACCAUUUCGAGUAAAUUGUGAUUAUUUUAAGAAUUAUUUAGUGCGACCUAGUAACUUUUGCUUAGAAAAAAUACAAAAAUGGCAACUAGGGUGGUCGCAACGGCCACAGUGAGGGCUAUGAAGAACAGGAAGUUGGCCCCGACGCGAGCGGCGCUUAUCCUGACCCCGGCAGCGGUUAAUCGAGUCAAACAAAUUCUCACAGGGCACGACAACUAUAUAGGGUUGAGAAUUGGGGUGCGACAGAGGGGUUGUAAUGGGUUGUCGUACACUUUAGACUAUGUGGAAAGUAAAGACAAAAUGGACGAAGAAGUCGUGCAAGAUGGAGUUCGCGUUUUCAUUGAUAAAAAAGCACAACUCACGCUUUUAGGUACUGAGAUGGACUAUGUAGAAAAUAAGCUAAGUUCAGAAUUUGUUUUUAAUAAUCCCAACAUCAAAGGAACGUGCGGCUGUGGGGAGUCUUUCAAUAUAUAAAUCGUAGGAAGGUACUAGUCAAUUAGUAUUUAUUUGUAAAUAUAAAAAUAGAAUACUCGAACUACGUUUUGUUGCUAAUAAACCUACAGAUGCUUG